CCAAACCUGUUUCCCUCUCAUUGAUCUCGUCUUUUGCAUAUUCCUCGAAUGGUUCGCUGAUUCGUGAAGCUUACCAAACUGUUGGCUUGCUAGUCUCUCCCUUGUUUAACAGCUGCCGCAGAUUCUUCUCUUGCGCGCCAACUGUUCGUCAAAUUGCCUGAACCAGUUUCUUCAAGCAUAUAUAAUCCCUCAUAUAUUUUUCUUUUUCUUUUUCUUUUCAGUAUUAGAUAUUUCAUAGCAAGUUAUGUUUUUCCAACAACCCUAAAAGGUUUUGGGGUUGAUUCGAAACUAGUCUAGGAUGGCUACUACUACUAACGGGAACAUUAAGAAAAGAGAUGGUGGUUUAUCGUCGCUUGCUCCUCGCAAAAUCAACGUUCAGAAGUUCUCAGAGGCUCGAGCAGCGGAGCUCGAAGCUCUCCACUCCAUUGUAUCUGAUCGUUUGAACAAGGACUUUCGAUCAAAGAGGAACAAGAGGAGAAGGACCAAUUCUUACAAUAACCAACCUGCCAAGAGACGUAAUAUAAAGAGGCAAAAAUCAGAGUCAUUGAUUGGCCAAGCAGCAAGAGGAGACCAUGAAACGAAGCUCCCUAGACGAGUUAGGAGGAGAAUGCAACUUAAAGAGAACCCUGAAUCUGGGUUUUCUACUUCUGGUGAUGGAACCAAGAGGCUAAGAACACAUGUUUGGCAUGCUAAACGGUUUACCAUGACUAAGCUUUGGGGCUUUCAUCUUCCUCUUGGUUUACAUGGAAGAGGAAGGGGAUCUAGGGAUGUCUUGAAGCAGUCUAGGCAAGGUGUUCUUAUCCAUGAUGCAAGUUAUCACAUUGCUGUGCAAUUGGAGGGUCCAGAGGUCUCACUCUUGUCGAUUUUAAACAUGUUACUGGAGCCUUCUCCGUCAUCUCAUUCCAAGGAAGUUUUCGACUCUAUUCUCACAGGCCGUAGUUAUGGAAACGCCAUGCUUUAUCAUGUCAAACCACCAGUUUCUCAGGUGAUUGCCCCUGUAAUUUAUAUGUGGAGACCGUCUGAGUUACUUAAGAGAAGAGACGAGGAGGAAGAUGGUGUCUGCAUAGGAACUGAUGGUGAAGUCUCAAAUGCUGAUCAUGUAGACUUUCGAAAACUUUGGGUGUGGAUCCAUGCUUCUUCCUUCAGUGAAGGAUAUGCUUCUCUUAAAGUAGCUUGUCAAAACCAGAUGAAUGAGAGAGGUGUUUCAGUUGAUUGUGUUUCACUUGAGGGUCAACUUGCAAAACUUGAGAUUUUUGGUCCAAAAGCUUUUCAUCUUCUUCAAAAGACCCUACAUCCUGCCACAAUUAGCUCAGAGGAUCCCUCUGUUUUAAGAAAGUGUUCAAUGGAAAAUGCUGAAGUUAAAAUGGUUACUGAUCUUUACAAAGAAGAGAUCAUAUCAUCUUGCGCUAUUUUGGCGCAGUUUGUCAUGGAUCCACGGUUAAUCCCUAAUAGUCCACGUGAUGAUAGUACAGUCUCAGUUCAAACGGCCAAAGUUGAGCCUACGGAGUCACUUGAAAUAACCAAAACUGAUGCUGAAAUGUCUACUGAAGUUUUCAAGUGCUUCUGGGAUGCAGAUUGUGAUCUGACCCCUCCAGAAGAAGAGAAUAUGUUAUGUUGGGAAAAACAUCAAAGUCGUAUGGAUUCUCUUUGCCUCGAUAACCCAGCUGCUGAGGUUCCAAAGGUAUCUCGUAGGCCAAGGAGUUCGAGGUCUUGUCCUUUACUGCUUCUUAAACAUAAAAAGCUUGAGAAUGCACCAACCGGAUGGUCUCUAAUACUUCCCCUUAGUUGGAUCAAAGUCUUCUGGAAUGCCUUCCUCUCAAAAGGAGCUCAUGCAAUAGGUCAGAGGGAGAAACGCUGGGUUUCUUGUGAUGCUGGUUUACCCUUUUUCCCAUCAGAUUUUCCUGAUUGUAAAGCGUAUUCAACUUUUACACUGGGUGAGGCUGCAGAGUUGGAGGAAAAGGCACAACGACGCCCUCCUGCAAUAAGACCUUUCCGAAUUCCCAUUCCACCUCCAUGGAGUAGUAUCCAUGUCACUCGUUCUUUUGGAGAGAGUUCCAAUGAAAACCAUACAAGCAAUGAGACAAACUCAACUGAAAUUUCCAGUUCUUGUGUUAAUCUAUUUGAUGGAAUUGUGGCAAGAACAUCAGAUUCGCUGACUACAGUGCUCCAAACUUUCACAAGUGACAACUUGCUUUUAUGUCCUCACAAUGCUUCAAAACCAAGCACAGACGUUAAGAAGAUGGUUCAAGAAGAUGAAACAAAAGUAAGAGCCCAGAUCCAUGAGAAUAGUAAUAAACUUUGCCUCGUCAGAGUACUUCUACACGCUUUCAAGGAAGGGUCUUUUGAAGAAGGCGCGGUUGUAUGUGCACCAUCUCUUGCAGACAUAUCAUUGCUAAAAUCCAGCUGCAGUGAAGGAGAAGAAGGGCGUGUUACAAUCCCUCAAUCUUCUGUAAGUUCUUACUUUCAAGAACAAACACCUGGAACCUGGGAAGUAAAUGUCCCUGAAGACACUAUGACAAAGCAAUCUCAUAGAUUGCCAAUCGGGUUUGUAACGACAGGAUUUGUCCGUGGGAGUAAAAAGCAGAAGGCGGAAGCUUUCUGUGAUGCAGUGUUGUUAGGGAGACUGAGAGACGAGCAAUGGAGAGAAAAAGAUGUAAAACGGAGGAAGAAGGAGAUUUAUGUGUUGGUUAGAAACCUAAGAUCUUGUGCUUUUAGACUCGCACUUGCUACAAUUGUUUUAGAGCAACAAGAGUCUAGUGAUGUCUACUGCUUUUGAAAUGCGUCCCUUUUCAAAUUCACCAGGAAACACUGUUGUUUCGUUUCUAUCCAUUUAUUUUACACAGUAUUUAUGAUAA